GGUUUCCGACUAAAGAUACUUCGCAACAACGUCCUUCGCAAACACAACUUCACCUCCAUGCUGGUCGUCGUUCUAUUCAUCUUCGGCUUGGGCUUCAUCAUCUGCGCCUCUAUUGUACAAACAGGUCAAGGUCUACGGACACACCAACUCUGCUAUGCAUCCGCGAUGAUAUGUCUAGUCUUCUAUACCAGCAACAAGCUGACCAUUUACGUCUUCCUCCUCGAACGUGCUCGCGUCGUCCGGGCACCCUUUGUGCCACGCCUCAAAGACCGCGUCUGGCUAUUUGGCAUGCUCAUCAUUUGCGGCGGAUUCGGCGCUAUUGCCAUCGUCGGAUACAUGUCACCUAUCGUCGAACUCAGUAAACUGGACGGUCGCUGCCGUAUCGGCCUUCCGCCGCAAGUCAGCUUUCCACUUCUAUGCUUCGAUGUUGUGGUCAAUUUCCUGCUUACUGGCGUCUUCUUCUGGCUUCUCCGCCCGGUUCUGGAUUUCCAUGGCUUGUUGAAAGCAAGCACAUGGUUCGGCAGCAGGGUCACGAGCAAAGUCAAAAACAGCGUUAGGAAGAGGGAGAUUGAAAUGCAGAGUGCGUUGGAAGGAGCGAGUCUCAAGUCCGCGAUGAACAAAAACAUCAAAGCCCUAUUAUGGAAAUGCCUCAUUGGGAGCACACUCGUCAUGCUCCCUACUGUCGCGAACAUGACGCAGUUCUACAUCAUGAACAGCAGAGAACUCGGCUGGGUUUGUCUGACGAUUUGCACGCUCGAUAUCUCUUGGGGCAUCAUAAUCGUCAACUGGCUCACCAUUGGCUCCGCGGAAGCAGAAAACAACCUCACAACCCUAAUGUCGCAACGCACUCUCCGUAAUGAUCAACCAGGCAGCAACAGCAAAUCAAAUCCGCACAGCCGCUUCGACAUCGGGCUUAUUACGCACAACGAGGAGCCGUCCCAGGAAAUUCAAAUCCACGCGCGGCAAUUGUCGGCUACUACGGCAGAAGUCCCGGUCUUCUACAAGGCGGCGAGUUUGAAGGAUGAAGGGGUUUUGCUCAGGCAGGAUGGCGUGAGGGAGAGCUGGAUCAAAGAAACAGAUACCAAUGUGGAGAUUUCAAAAGCGCCGCAAUUGAGGGAUCCGGAGAGGACGUGGGGGAAGAGUAGUAUGGGGUGGGCAGAAGGGGGCAAGACGUCGAUUACGGUUAAUGAUAGGGUUGUUAGGGGGCAGGUGAGCGAGGAUAGUUUGGAGCCUGUAUGGCAUUUUCGAUUGUUUGCAUAG